AGGUGGACAAGAGAGCGCCUGCGCGGACGGCAGUUGGGUUUAGUCAGGUGUGGAAAAAGUGGGUCUUGGGGAUUUUUCCCUCAGCAGGAGUGGCCCCCAAGCGCCUCAGGCUUCGGUCCAGGCCCUGAAUGGCUGGUCUCCAGUUGGCUCCACAUCUGCCUGUGGGCGUUAUGUUCCCACAUAAUAAAACAGAAGCGCCAGGGCUCCACUCAGCUAAGCAGGACCCUUAUGAACAAGGUGACUCUUCCCAGCGGUCCUCGAUGGGACACUUGAGGAACAAUUUCCAGCAGAAGCUUUGGAGCAGCACAGAGCUGGAGCAGGAGGAGGGUGCCUCCACUCACCCCAAAGGGAACAUCUGCACAAAAACCCGGAGGCACUCCUGUCCCCAGAGUGCCAGGAUCAGCCGGCAGAGCUCAGCAAGCCAUCCCCAGAGCCAAGGAAAGGGCAUGUUUUCCCUGUCAAGCCCUCAACCCCGGUAUCCCAAAGCAAAUGACCAGGACUUCAUUCCCUUUAGGAAGAAACGAGUUGGAGUAGAUCGGGCAUACCCACUGAAACCCAUGGCCCACCGGAAGUCUCAUAGUACAGGUGAGGUAGGCACUGAUGGGGACCAGAAUGCCUAUCCAAGACUCCCUGACUCAAGCGAGUUUUCAGACAGCAACUUUGGUUUGAAGAGCUGGUUGCAUUCGUCUCUUUUUGCCUCUGUGCAGGCAGAGAAGGUCAUGGCGGACCUUCAUAGGACCGAGUGGACACAGAUCCGAAGACUAGAAGCUGCAGGUGAGACUCUAGAGAUGGAAAUCCGCAGGAAAGAGAGCCUUCUGAGGGAGAAGCUGAAGAAGACAGAGGAGGGUCUCCGAAGGAUUCAGAAGGAAAAGAAACGGGCCCAGGAGCAUGAAGACAGAGAGCUACUAAGACCGACCCUACCUGCAGGGAGAGUUAGGGACAGUAACAGCAAUGCCACACGGACCCCCAGCUUAUCUCCCGAGUUCAGUUCCGAGGUAUUCAGUAGAGACAGGGGAGAGGGUCAGCCUUGUGAAUGGGCUCAGAAAACCUCUAGCCCACUCCAGUUCUCUGAUUAUGAAAUCCAGAGGCUCAAAAGGGAGAGGCUGAUGGCAAGCAACAACAAAGUCCGAGACUCAGGGCCUUCCGCAGACGAAUUCCUGAAACCUUCCGAAGAGCUGGGCAGUGCAUUGCAGCCAUCAAGCCUGUCGGCAUCACCAAGCUCCUUGGGGUCCGCUUCCUCCACAGAAGAGCCGGAGCUGGGCAAGUGCAGCCACUGUGGACGCACGUUUCUUUCUCUCCGGCUGCAGAGACACUCCACCGUCUGUGGGAGGAUGCAAGGGUCCAAGAGAAAAGUGUUCGACUCCUCCAGGGCCCGGGCUAAGGGCACAGAACUGGAGCAGUACUUGAACUGGAAGGGGCCAGUCACCUCCAAGACUGAACCUCCCCGGAAGAGCACCUGGAGACAGAAGCAUGAGUCUUUUAUCCGCACCCUCCGGCAUGCUCGACAGGUCCAACAGGUCAUCGCCAGAGGUGGGAAUCCCUCAGACUUGCCUCCCAUCCUGCCUGUGGAGAACCCAGACUAUGUCCAGUGUCCUCACUGCAGCCGCCACUUUGCUCCCAAGGUGGCUGAACGACACAUACCUAAGUGUAAGACCAUCAAGAACCGCCCCCCACCCCCGAGGAGGCAUGACAGCUGAGCAGACAGUGGCAGAACCCGCCUUGCUUAGUUCAGGAGGCUGUACUUCCCUGCAGCAGUAAACCAGAGCAUGGGUGGCAGAAAGCAGGGAGAAACAGAACCUUUGCAGAACUCAGGCUCUACCUGCUGAGCAAACCCAUCCAGGAGAGCCCGCUACCUGGCAGGAGGCAGGUGGAAACCCAGCUUCUCACUGGAUCAUAACCCCGGCUGUGUGUUUAUGUUCUUGCCUGAAGGACUGGGGUGGGUGUGUGUGUGUGAGAGAGGACACUGGGUAGUGAAACUGCAUUAAAGCGCUCUUCUCCUGAGCCCGA